UUUUGCAUUUGCAUUUUAGAUUAUUGAUAAAAUCUGAUUGGAAAUAAAUCUCUAUAGUAUUUAGUCAAUAAAAUUCAUCUAAAGACAACUUUUUUCGUUAAAGAAAUAUUAAUUACAUCUUAUGAAAACCAGCAAAAAAAUGUAAUAAAAGAGUGUGUUAACGUGUCACAGAAAUUGUUAAAAUUCGUUAAAAUAUUUGAUUCUAAGUACAUUUUACAUAAAAAUUACAACCUAUAGGCACAUUUUGACAAAAUGCAGACUAGCAACGACUCCUUGUCUGUUUUAGGGCCACCUGUGAGUAGCUCCCCUGCGGUAUUAUUAACUCCGGGCCGCACGAGAAACAUCGCACAAGAUAUGGAAGCACUCAGAUUGUCGAGACAAGAUAACCCAUAUUUACAAUGUACGUUACGUUUACAGCAGGUAAUGGCGAGCAGAGAAAGUCUAAUCGAAAGCCAUUCACAGGACUGUGAGUCUGAUGAUACAAUACUUAUGUCACAAGAAUUUGGCAGUGCAGCUCUAGAUUUUAUUGAAGAUGACCCGCUUACACUAAAAGAGGUUCACGAGCAUAUGAUAAGAUCCCCUCCACCGACAAGCGCUUGGCCCCAUGAGAUGUCAUAUCGAGCGGCCAGCGCUUUUGACUUCAACGCGGACAGUCCAGUCUCAUAUAGUGCUUACUCAGUCAAUUCUACGGACAAGGAUCACUGCGCCAAGUCUCCGCGCCGCAAGGAAGUGGCGCGCCCCCGCUCGUCGCGGUCCGUGUCGCCGAGGUCGCACGACCUCACCGCCGCCCGCCCUCUGUCCCUGCCAGGUGAGAGCCACCUUCGCAACACCCUCGGGAGAAAGCAGCAGGACAAGUUCUCGAUACUGCAGCCGCGACCGCUGCGGCGGCCCCGACACGACGACAGCGUACACCUGGUACCAGACUGUGAUAAGUGAGGUACAUGUGGUACCACUCUGAAAUAAGUAAGGUACUGGUGGCAACACUUUGAAAUAAGUGAGUUAUCAUUGGUACCACGUUUCGAUUAAGUGAGUUACAGGUGGUACCACUUUCUGAUGAGUGAAUUACAAGUUUGCGAUACGUAAGGUAUUAUUGGUACCACUUUGAAAAACGUUAGGUACCGGUGAUACCUCUGUACAAUAAGUAAGGUACCACUUUGCAGUCGUGUAAUAGGUAUGUCACAACAAAGAACUGGUAUGUACUUAAAAUGUAUGUGUUACAUGUUUGCUAGGUGCAAGUUUUUGUUAAUCCCUGUGAUUAGAUUAACUACUAUUUGUAUGGCAUCGAACUAGUAACCGUUGUUUCGUUCUAAGCGUUGUUUCAAUGUCAUACAAAUUGUAAUUAAUAUUUUUACAGCAAGCAAUAAAAAAAUUA